AUGACAUCUGUGGCAAGGUUACCUAAGGAAUUUGCAGUGAGAUCAGAAAUGGUUACUGUUUCAUUACUAACUUUUAUCGUUAUUUGUUUAACUAUCAAUGUUAUUGACUGUACAACUGGAUCUGGUACAUUAUCACCACUUGUGGGAAGAUUAGACAAUUUUCGAUACGAAACAUAUAUUCGUAUGGCAUCCGAAUCUGAAUGUAUCUUAUUAUGUUUACAUUAUGAAGAAACAGACUUUGAAGAUUGUUAUGCCGUUUCGUAUCAAGGUGUAAUGGAACGAUGCGAUAUUUUUACCGAGCCAUUACCGACAGUUAUUCAACCUACUCCCUCUAGUAACUGGGUGUCAUACAUAAAAAUAAUUGACUCCUAG